AAGUCAGCGCGGGAGAGCGAGCGAGCGAGCUUUACCUUCAUGCGGACAAGGAUCCGGCCCCGGGGAGUCGCCGCCUAGCGCGGCCCUUUCUCCGCCCGGCCCCCUGGGGCUGCGGACGCGGUUUCCGACGGGGCCCUUGUCUCUGAGGGACUCCUCCGCGGGAGGAGAGGCCUAAGCCGCGCCUCGCUUCUUCCUCCCAGGCAAAGCGAACGGGCUGGAAGCCGGGGCAGCCGCCGGAGAUGAAGCUCUCGAAUGCGAUCCUUGGCCAUGGAGGAUAUGACUCUGAUUUUAGUGAUGAUGAAACCGGAGAGAAACCGGACCAGCGGAAAAAUAGGAAUGAAGAUGCAUUACUCAAAAAGCCCUUUCAGAAAGAAAAACAGAGCAAGGUGGCCCACAGACAGGUGGCGACAGAUGAAUGGGACAGGGAAGAAGCAAGAAAUCAAAGAUUUCAUUUCCUAGCAUUGGAUGCUUAUGCAAGACAUAAGAAAAUGGUGAAUGACUAUAUUUUGUAUUACGGUGGCAAGAAAGAAGAUUUCAAACGUUCAGGAGAAAAUGACAAGACUGACCUUGACAUUAUAAGAGAAAACCACCGAUUCUUGUGGAGAGAGGAAGAUGAAGCUGACAUGAAUUGGGAGAAGAGGCUUAGCAAGAAAUACUAUGAUAAAUUAUUCAAGGAGUACUGCAUAGCAGAUCUGACUAAAUACAAAGAGAACAAGUUUGGAUUUAGAUGGAGACAUGAGAAAGAGGUUGUGUCAGGAAAAGGUCAGUUUUCCUGUGGAAGUAAGCACUGUGAUGAGAAAGAAGGCUUGAAGAGUUGGGAGGUGAAUUUUGGUUACGUUGAGCAUGGCGAAAAGAAAAACGCACUUGUUAAAUUAAGGCUUUGUCCCGAAUGCUCUUACAAAUUAAACUUUCACCACAGGAGGAAGGAAGUCAAACCAACGAAAAAGAGAGCAAGCACAGAACAAAGCUCCAAAGCUUCAAAGAAAACAAGAUUAUCUUCACCCCACAGACACAAGCCAAAGAAAAGAAAGAGUCAUAAAGAUCAGGCAUUCUUAGAAGAAUCAGACGAUUCUGACAAAGAUUCCGUCAAUAAUGACGAGCAAGAUGGUCCCUCAGAUGCUGAUUUUUGGAAGGGUCCGCCACAAGAAACAGAAGAGAAAACGCGGGAAGAAGAAUUUGAUGAGUAUUUUCAAGACUUAUUUCUCUGAAAUGUAAUGUGGAAAUCUGGAACUUCAUGGAUCAUCAAAAUCCGUAAAUAAACAUCAAGCUUCCAAUUUCAUACCCGACUUUUCUUUAAAUAUGGUUUUAAUUGCAUAAGAAUUAUCCAGCACAUAUUUUCUUCACAGGCUCACUUAGAUUCAAAAGCUAUGAUAAGAUCCAGCAUUCUCUGAUGAACAGGUUAGAUUUAUAGCAGCUGAUUAAUGUUCACCUUUUUAAAAAACAAACACCAAACAAAUAUGCAGAGGCAAUUUUGGGGCCUUUUAUUGCUUUGUAGUUCUGCAUUCCUCAGAACUUACCCAGUGUCACUGAUACCUACCUCUUCUUCCUCAGCGCUUCUGUUUUGACUCCAAUCAUGUUAGCAGUCAGUUUGCUAUUAAAGUUCGCUGUUAGAGGGAAUGAUUAGCUUUGGUAAUCAAACUUGAGACCAGCAUGAGCACUUGUAUAGCUAGCUAUUUCUGAAGGAUAGAUACGUAAGACUGGGAACUAAGUUAACUGUCACAUUUUGUUUUAAUGAACGAGGGAGAUGCCUUGCCUUGGGCAAAGGUACAUGCGGUUUAAGCAUUAUCCAUGAUUUCUGAUCCCCUUAGCAGUGAACGAACAGUAAUCUUCCUUUAGAAUGUAAUCCUGAGCAUGCAACAAGAUGAGAACACACAACCUUUCAGCCUGGUUCUUUCUCCCCUGUUCAAAGUACAACAUAUCUUAAAUCAAUUUUACCAUAUGCUUCUAAUAAAUAAUAUGCUCGAAAAUAACUAUAUUGUUUGGUCCCUGAGCAAUGUGAAAUAAGGUUUAAAAAGAAGUUAGCAUAUUUUUGCAUGACAUUUACAUUUAA